GGAAUUAAUCACUUAUUUUUGGAACAAUGGACUGAAUUAGUAAUAAAUAACCUACACAGUUUCUUCAUUAAAGCUUGUUCAUUUGUGUCUCCUACAUUUAAAUUCACACACAGUGUGUGUGUUUUCUUCUACUCAUAUAAACACAUACACACAUUCAAGUGUGUGUUACUCUAUUGAAGAGCUAGGGUUUAGCUUCAUUUGAUUAGUGGAUUCUAAGUUUGUGAUUUGAAGAUGUUGGACGGAUUGUUAGGCCGAGGAUUUGUGUCGAAAUGUAAAUCGCUGAUUAAGCCGACUAAGACACGAUUGGAGGCGUUGAGGAAGCGGGCGGAGGCGAAGCAGAGGUUUUUGAAGGAAGAUCUGGCGAAGUUGCUUGCUAAUGGCCUCGAUAUCAAUGCAUAUGGAAGGACUGAGGAAUUUCUUGCUGGACUGUGCAUGUUAUCACACUAUGAUUUCAUUGAGUACACUUGCGAUUUUAUUCUGAAGAACCUUUCAAUUAUGCAAAAACAAAGGGAGUGUCCAGAAAAUUGCAGGGAGGCUGUGGGAUCUCUGAUGUUUGCUGCAGCAAGAUUUUCUGAUCUGCCAGAACUACGUGACCUUAGGGAUGCAUUUCAGGAGAGAUACGGAAAUUCCAUUGAACAUUUUGUAAAUCAGAAGUUUGUGGAUAAACUAGCUUCCAGACCUCCUACAUUGGAAAAGAAACUUCAACUGUUGCGCGACAUAGCAUUGGAGUUCUCAAUCAAAUGGGACUCCCAUGGAUUUGAGAAAAGGAUGGGUACUCCAUCAGCACUUGUGCAGGACCAAAAUAAGAAAAAUGGGCCUCCCAAGGUCCCUUCUGAUAUUUCCAAAUACUCUAAUGGAAAUGGCAGCGAGUCAAAGUCUGAUAAACGUGAUGUUAUUUCUAAUGCAAGGAGUCAUAGUGUUGCAGAUGGGAAGACAAUUCGCAAUAGCAAGGAGGGUAAUGUGUCAACAAGAGAAGAUACUGACAUAAAACUUGUCAAAAGACAAGAAUAUAAUGGGAACAGCUAUAGACCACAGCUGAUUACUGGAGAAAAAGUAGAGGACAAUGAAAUCUCACAUCGAGGAACACGGGAGCAUUACGUGGAGAAAUAUAGAUUAGAUCAAAAAGAGGAUAUAACUCCAAAAGUAGGAUCUGGAAGCUCAUCUCGUGGCAAAAUAUCUUUAAUGCCAGAUGGUAGGAUGAAUACUGUUACUAAAGAAGGACAGAGCUGUUCUAGACUCCCUAGUAGCAUCGAUGGUAGAAGUGACUCAUCCAUGGGUAAUGAACAAAACAGUCAACAUCAUUUUGUGACGUCAACAAAAAAAGUGCGAGAGGUAGAAAAAUAUAGGUCAGGAAGCUCAUCUGAUGGAAAAUAUGCUGCCAGUAUAUAUACAAUGCAAAAUGGCAGGAUGGCUACAAUUGCUAAAGAAGAAGAGCAGAACACUUUGUUUCAUGGGAAGUCAGAAGUGUCUGUCAACUUAUCUGAACUCCUUAGUGGUGUUGAUGGUAGAAGCGACUUAUCCGCAAGUAAUGAACAUGAAAGCCGACUCAAUAUUGCUAUGUCAAAAAGAAAAGUGGGGGAGGAAGAGGCAGAUAGGUUUAAGUCCUACCAUAACACUCCUCGGCCACCACCUUAUGUAAAACUGAAAGAUAAUGCCAUUCCUGCGCCUUAUGUAAAACCGAAAGUUAGCCAUGGCGAAACUGUUAUUUCACUCCUUGACAAAGGCAAUGCAUUGGCAAACUUGCCUAUGAACCAAAAAGAUCGUCACCAUGAAGAAGGGUUUGGUCCCACUCCCACCAGAGUUAAUGGUCAUCGUCAUGUGGAAGAGCCUACUUAUCAGAAUGACAUACCUCUGCCAAAACCAAGAUCAACUAGGAGAAAGCAAUCAAAAUCAUCAUCUACUCACUACGAUGAUGAGAAGAUUGAAGAUAAUGGAAUUGUAAAGAAAAGUUCAAGUAGCCGAAGGAAAGAACACUCCAGAAAGGGCUUACAGCUACUGUUUGAUGAUGAACAUCAUCAAAAGGACGAGGAAGAAAGAAUGAUGGAUAAACUUUUGUUGCAUUAUAGUAAAAAGCCAUCAGAUUUUGAUGUGGGGAAGUUGAGAAAAAAAUCUCAUGCUCAUGCAUCAAAUCACAAAGAUUCUAGUGGUACUAAAUUACGGCAUGCAAGCAGAAGAGAUGGUCCUGAUGUGAGUCCUGAGAUGGCGCCUCCUCCCACCAGAUCUGUUUCUCUACCACAUGAGCAAACUGCUCCUUCAGAGCCUACAAAAGUUUAUGCACGCGCCAAUUCAUUUCAGCCAGAUAACAUGGCACGUCAUGUGCAUCCCAAGUUACCAGAUUAUGAUGACUUGGCUGCCCAGUUUGCAGCUAUGAGAGGACGUUAAAGUGGUAUGUGCAAGUCAAACUUCUGAUUUCUCCAACCCUCUAUAUCAUGGAAGGAUUAAGCUUUGGUUUCAAGAACUAGCUAUGCUCAAUCGCUGAAUUCGCCAGAUCUUACAUGACAUCAGCCUUCCAACUGCACAGUAAUCAUACCUAGCUUUGCGUUUUCUUUAAUCUAAACAUCAAUAUCUUAUGCUGAGUUUCUCAUAUCUGCACUGCCAGCCAAAUUUCGACCUGUUCUGCUGACUUCUGUCGAAUACUUGUAAAAUUGUUACCUGGCUUGUGCUGUUUUUUACAUCAAAGACUGAAAAGAUGAUUUAAAUUAGUCAGUGUUAUAUACUUUGAGCUCACUGUUUCACAUCUAGAGCUUUUAUUCA